AUGAAGAGUGCAGAACACUUGGUGAUAGAAAUCCUCAGCUUAAGGUCUUCGCAUAGGCUUGCGAACUUGGCGCACGCUUCGCUGCCAUUGGCUUCAAUUUCGUCUCAUGUGCGACCUUUAACAAGGAGAGCCGCGUCAUCAGCAUAUGCAAUGAUAGUUGUGUGGUCAGGCCACGUCGGAUUACACAUUGGAUUACACAAGUGGUUCAGGAGCGUUGCAUGGAUACGAGUUGAGAGCCAAACGAUUCUGAGUAUCCACACUCAUGUCAUAACUCGGAACUAUCGCAUUACUCUUGACCACAAGAAUCGUCAGAACUGGAAUCUGGCUAUAUCGAAUGUGGAAGAAGCAGAUAGAGGACAAUACAUGUGCCAAAUCAACACGGUACCCAUGAAGAAAAGAAUCAUAUACUUAGAAGUUUUAGUGUAUGAUUAUCGGUGCCAAUUGCCAUUUUCUUGGGCCAAUUCAAGUGCAGGAGAAGAUAUGGAUGUCUUACCUCCAAAAUUCAUCGAUCGAGGAGAAAACGAAGUUAUGGCGAGAGAGGGAACGAACAUUACUCUCAGCUGCAAGGUCAAGGGCUACCCUCUUCCUACUGUCACAUGGGAAAGAGAAGGUGGUAAAAAAUUGUCUGAAACAAAGGGCCAUAGGCCGCAAGGGGAAGACCUGAGUAUAGUCAAAGUAAGCCGACUACAUAUGGGUAUGUACGUAUGCACAGCAACAUCUUCUUUUUAUCAAGCACCAAAUUAUCAACCUGUAACAAGGAAUGUGAUGCUUCAUGUUCUCUUUCCUCCUAUGAUUUGGAUUCCUCAUCAGUUGAUCUUUGCAUCGGUCGGUGAGACUGUAUCCUUGGAUUGUUACACUGAGGCUUUCCCUAUGUCUAUCAAUUACUGGACGAAAGCAGACAGCUGCAAUAUUCUACAGCCCGGUGAGAAAUAUUCGGUCAGCAUUUCGGAUAACGUAUACCAAGUGAGCAUGAAGCUCAUCAUAGCAGACAUUCAGGCGGAAGAUUUUGGCAGUUAUAAAUGCAUCGCUAAGAACUCAUUGGGAUCUACUGAAGGAAUUAUUCGCCUGUUUGGUAAGUCUAAGAAUUCUUAUGAGCUGAAAUGA